AUGAAUAAACAAUUCAUAAUAUUUGCAUUGUUGCUUGCUUUAGCAACAAGUCAAACAUACAGUUUAACAUCAUGCACAUGUGCAUAAUUGUUAUCAGAAGGUGAUUGUACAAAAAAUGCUUCACUUGGAUGUUCAUGGGAUAGCACUAAAAAGGCAUGUGCAGUUUCAACAACACCUGUCACUCCAGUUGUGACUUAUGCAGCUUAUUGCGAUACUUUUGCAGAAACUGAUUGUCCAAAGGCAAAGCCAUGUACUGAUUGUGGUAGUUAUGCCGCUUGUGCUUGGGUUGAUAGUAAAUGUACAUACUUCACAGGAUGUACAGCUUUUGCCAAAACAACUGACUCUGAUUGUUAGGCAAUUAGUAAUAGAUGUAUUACAGAUGGAACUCAUUGUGUUGAAGUUGAUGCAUGUAAUACAUAUAAGAAAUAACUUCCUUGCGUCAAAAACUCUGCUGGAAGCUUAUGUUAUUGGGAUACAACAAAUAAUGCUUGUGUUGAUGCUAAUACUUGUGACAAAUUACCAGUAAAUUUAGCAACCGAUUCAGAUUGCAGAGCCUUGAUUUCAACAUGCACAACUAAAACUGGUGGUGGAUGUGUUGAUAGUGGAAAUAAUUGCAGUGAUUAAACACUAGAAAUUUAAUGUGUUUGGAAUAAAUUAAAAACUACUGCUUGUUAUUGGGAUGGAGCUGCAUGCAAAGAUAGAAUUUGUGAUAAUGCACCAACAAGCUUAACUACAGAUGAUGCUUGUAAAUUAUUCAGAGCAGAUGGAUCAUGCACAACCAAAGCAAAUGGAGGAUGUGUCACUAGAACAACUUGUUCAGCUGCCACAAUCUAAGCAUCUUGUGUUAAAAAUAGUUCAGGUGGUGAUUGCUAUUGGAAUGGAACUGCAUGUGUUGAUAAGAAUUGUGCAAACGCACCAGUUACAAUGACAACUAACUCUGCUUGCGGAGGAUUUGUGACAGGAUGUAUUACAAAGUCAGGAGGAGGAUGUGUCGCAAAUGGAGCAUGUUCAGUUGCUAACGUUUAAGCAGCUUGUGUUAAAAACUCAAGCAAUUUUGAUUGUAUUUGGGAUACAACAUGCAAAGAAAAGACAUGUGCUAAUGCACCAACCACAAACACUACUCACGAUCUCUGUACAUCAUAUUUGUCAACAUGCACUGUUAAAACAGGUGGAGGUUGUUAAAAUAGAACUUGUGCUAAUGCUCCAGUAACUAUAACAACUAAUGAUGCUUGUGAAGCUUACUUACCUGGAAAUAACUGUAUCACCAAGAGUGGAGGUGGAUGUGUUACAAAUACUACAUGCGCAACAAUAACAUUAGAAGCUGCUUGUGUUAAAAAUUCUUCAGGACAAACUUGCUUCUGGGAUUCUGCUAGUACAAGUUGCAGAGAUAAAACUUGUUUAAAUGCUCCAUCAACUAACACCACACAUGAUCUCUGUUAAGCAUUCUUAAAUACCUGUACAGUUAAUUCAGCAGGUGCAGGUUGCGUAGAAAAAACAUGUGAAAAUUCAUUAGUUCUUGCUAUUUGUGAUAAAGAUACCAGCAAUAGAGCAUGUAUCUGGAAAGGAAAGUGCUAUAAGAAAUAAUGUGUGUUGGCUUCAUCAGCUACAACCACUCAUGCUGAUUGUUAAACUUAUUCUUCAAGUUGUACUUUGAGUAAUACAGGUUCAGGAUGUGUAACACUUCCUCUUAAAUGCGAGGCUAUCACAAUCGAAGCAGCUUGUUAAAUGAAGUCUAAUGGAUAACCUUGUGGAUGGACUGGAACUUAAUGUAUUGAUAAAGCUUGCUCUACAGCUUCAAAGUCCUUUUCAACUACCUCAUAAUGCUAAACUCAUUUAUCAUCAUGUGUUGCUAAUAACCCUGCAACUGUAAAUGGAUCACUAACUAUUCAAGGAUGUUAGGAUUUACCAACUACUUGUGCCGGUAGAAAAUCAUCAGAAAAUUGUGAAAUUUCUAGAAGUGGAUUCCCUACUUGUCUCUGGGUUUCAUCUUCCUCAACCUGUGUCGAAAAAUCUUGCGCUACUGCAAGUACUGCAGGUACAACUGGAGCACUCUAAGCAGGACAAUUCUCUUUUGCUAAUUGUUAAAGUUAUAUUAGUAUUUGUACAGCAACUAACGCAUAAGGUGCUUGCACUGCAACCUCAUAUCCAUGCAUAUCAAAUAAUACAGCAGACGGAUGCAUAGCUAAACCUUCAAGUUGUUCAUCACUUGUUUUAUCAAAUUGUUAGGCAGGUUCCAAAUCAACAGGAGAUUGCUACUGGAAUGGAACAGCUUGUGUUGAUAAAACAUGUGCAAACAUUACCUUAACUACACAUAACGGUUGCAACACAACAUUAAAUACAUGUACAGUGAAUAAUGGAGCAACUGCUUGUUAACCCUUGGCAACUGCAUGCACAUCUUAUACAACCUCAGAAAAUUGUAAAUUGACUUCAGCUAAUAAAAAAUGUGUUUGGACUGGUUUGGCAUGUAGAAGUGCAACUUGUGCUGAUGCUCCAGAUGAUAACACUUCUGAUACUGAUGCAGACUGCUUCAAUUACUAAACACCAAGUGAAACUUGCACUGUCGUUUAUAAAGUCGGAGCUCAAGGAUGUGUACCACGAUCAGCUAAUUGUACAGACUAUAUGACACAAGCUUAAUGUCACAAAACAAUCACAAAUUUAUCAGCAAAUGAUGAUUGUAAAUGGAUUGUUGAUAAAUGUUAUGCUAUUUCUAGUUUUGCUUCUGGAGCUUGCACAUCUUUCAAAGGAACCUAAACAAUGUGCAUUGGAUAUAGAGUUGGAUGCACAAAUGUUAAUUCAGCAACAUCUUCAACUGCUUGUACUUUGGAUUGUACAUUAAAAACUGGAACAGGAUUAACAUUUUAAGAUUGCUAAGCAUUAGAUACAACUUGCUCAGUAAAUAGUACUGGCACUGGAUGCAUAGCUAUACAAUCAGCCUGCACAGGGUAUGGGUCAACAGCAACUAAUUGCUUUAGGUCUACAGCUGGAUUAUGUGCUAUGAAUGCUGCAUCUCCAGCAACCUGCUAAGCAGUAACUUAGGCAUCUGAAUGUGUAUUUGUGGCUGGAUUAACUGGUUUAGAUCAUGCAAAAUGUUAAGCUUACCAUACUUCAUGUACUUCUUUAAAUGAUGGUACUGGAUGCUAAGAGUUCAAAGCAACUUGUCCUGCUUUCACUGGAGACGCUGCACACUGCACUUACUCAUAAUAAGGUAAAUGCUACCUGAGCGGCACUGAUUGCGUUCGUUUCUCUACCUGUUCUGCAAUUUCUGGAACUGGAUUAACUGAUGCUAAAUGCGCAGGAUAUAAUGCAGAUUGUACUGUUAAUGCUGCUGGUACUGCUUGCUAAGAAUAAAAAGCAACAUGUAGCUUGAAUUUAACUUAAGAUUCAUGCACUACAUCAAAAGAUACAGCACCAGCCGAUAAAUGCGCUUGGAGUGGAACAGCUUGCGUUGCAGUAACAACUGUUGCAACUUAAUGUGCAUUUGUUACAGGUUCUGGAUUAGAUGAUACUUAAUGUGGAGGUUAUAACGCUGGUUGUGUUGCAAAUUCAACAGGAACGGCUUGUUAAGAGAAAAAGGCCACAUGCGCAGGUUAUACAUCAAUUACCGCUUGUGCAACAUCAGGAGCUGGCAAAUGCUAUUGGAAUGCUGCUGCAACACCAGCUGUUUGCAUUUCAAUUGCUACAGCUUCUAGUGAUUGUUAAUUGGUAUUGGGUACAGGAUUAGAUGACACUAAAUGUGGAGCUUACCUUACAGAUUGUGUUGCAAACUCAACAGGAGCAGCUUGCUAAUAAAAAUAGGCCACAUGCGCAGGUUAUACAUCAACUACCGCUUGUGCAACAUCAGGAGCUGGCAAAUGCUAUUGGAAUGCUGCUGCAACACCACCAGCUUGCAUUUCAAUUGCUACAGCUUCAAGUGAUUGUUAAUUAGUAUUGGGUACAGGUUUAGAUUAUACUAAAUGUGGAGCUUACCUUGCAGAUUGUGUUCCAAACCCAACAGGAACAGCUUGUGCAUAGAAAUAGGCCACCUGCGGAGGUUAUACAUCAUCUAUCUCCUGUGGAACAUCAACAGCUGGCAAAUGCUAUUGGAAUGCUGCUGCAACACCAGCUGUUUGCAUUUCAAUUGCUACAGCUUCUAGUGAUUGUUAAUUGGUAUUGGGUACAGGAUUAGAUGACACUAAAUGUGGAGCUUACCUUACAGAUUGUGUUGCUAACUCAACAGGAGCAGCUUGCUAAUAAAUAUAGGCCACAUGCGCAGGUUAUACAUCUUCUACCGCUUGUGCAACAUCAACAGCUGGCAAAUGUUAUUGGAAUGCUGCUGCAACACCAGCUGUUUGCAUUUCAAUUGCUACAGCUUCAAGUGAUUGUUAAUUAGUAUUAGGUACAGGUUUGAAUGACAGCAAAUGUUCAGUUUACAAUGCAGGUUGCACAUCUCUUGUUGAUGGUACUGCUUGUUAGGAGGAAAAAACAAAUUGUAAAGAUUAUACCACGCAAAAUAAAUGUAUUUCAACUUCUAGUAAAACUUGUAUUUGGUUUGAAAAUGCUUGCUAUUCUAUCACCGCAGUAAGUUGCAGUACAAUAUCUGGAACUUCUCUUGAUCAUACAAAAUGCCAAGCCUAUAACACUAAAUGUACUUCAAUUACAGAUGGUACAGCAUGCUAAGAUUUCAAGACUACAUGUGAAUAAUACCCAGGUACUGCAGCAGGAUGUACUAAAACUGCUACUUCAAAAUGUUAUUUAUAUAACUCCAAUACUUGUAUAACAAUUUCAAAUGCGGCUACAGAUUGCGCCAAAAUAACUGGUACUAGUCUAACUUAUGAAUCUUGCUAAUCAUUCAAUGCAGGAUGUAGCGUAAAUAGAGCUAAAACUGCUUGCGUUUAAUAAUAGGCUUUAUGUUCUGGUUACAGCACUGCAAUGGCUAGUUGUUAUAAAUCAGGAGCUGGAUUAUGUAUUGCAGGUUAAUCUGGUGACACUUCUUGCGUAGCUGCCUCAACUGCUUCAACUUGUGAUGCUGUAUUUUUAGGAUCUGGAAAUUAUAGCGAUGCCAAUUGUAACGCAUUCAAAACAGGAUGUACAGUGAAUGGAAGUGCAUGCACUGCCAGAACUUGUGCAAAUGCUACUGGUAUAACAUUUAAUCACUCUAAUUGCAAUACUUGGCUCAACACUUGUACAGUUAAUGCUGGAAGUACUGCAUGUUAAGCUAUGGCUUCAAAAUGUGCAGAUUAGUAAUCUACUGCUUGCUAAUACUCUGUUGAAGGUGAAUGUGUUGUUGUUAAUUCAGCUUGUGUCAGAAAGACAUGUGAUACUGCCGCAGCAGAUGCAACAUUUACAACUGAUAGCUAAUGUGGAACAUAUUAAUAAUCAUGCACAGUAGCAAGAUUAGGUGCAUGUUAGGCUAGAGCUGCUUGUGCCUCAUAUAAGUCAUCUCUCUAAUGUAAAUUCAAUACAAGUGGAGGAAAAUGCUUCUGGAACCCAACAGCUAAAACUUGCGUAGAUUUGAAUUGCGGAAAUAUUGAAGCUACAACUACCUAUGAUUCUCAUUCAGAAUGUGUUGGUGUUGACUCCACUUUAUUAUGUACUGUUAGGGCUACUAAUGGAGCAGCCGUUCCAGGUUGUAUGGCUAGAGGGUCAUGCAGUUCAUACACUAUUGAAGAUUAAUGCCACUCUAAUUCAAAUGGAGGAGACUGUGUUUGGAAUACAAAUGCUAGCUUACCUGCUCCAGCUUGUUAAGAUAAAUCUUGUACUAGUGCUCCAACUUCUACAGCAACCCAUAAUGAUUGUUUUGCUUACUAUACCUCAGCAACUGUUAAAUGUACAGUGGCUGCUACUCCAAGUAAUAGUGGAGGUGCUGCAACAUUAGGAGGAUGCCAAUAGACUGCUGCUUGUUCAAGUUAUAUUGAUAAAGAAUAAUGCUAGAUCAAUGCAAAUGGUGAUCCAUGUGGAUGGAAUGGAACAUAAUGUGCUGAUAAAUCGUGUGCCACUGCUCCUGCUACUGCUGAUUAUGAUGAUGAUACAAAAUGCAGAGCCUAUUUCAGUAAUAAGUGUACAGUUUCAGAAACAGGACAAGGAUGUGUUGAUAUCCCUGCAACUUGUGAAACAAUGACUUAAAAAUAAUGCAACCUUAACAAGAAUGGAGAUCCAUGCUAUUGGACAGGAACAGCUUGCAUUACAAAGUCUUGUGAUAAUGCUCCUGAUUCAACCGCAACAGCAGAUGAUUGCAAUACAUAUUUAUCAGGUUGUACUUUAGAUAGCGUGAAAUGCAAAACCAAAGUUUGUGAAGAUUUUGCUUUUGCUACAGAUGCUCUUUGCAAAUAAGCUAUUUCUACAUGCACAACAAAUGGAACUAAUUGUGUCACUAGAGGUACAUGUUUCCAAGCUUUAAGUCAAUCAGGAUGUGUUACUUCUUCAACAGGGUAAUAAUGUGAAUGGAUACCAGCUGUUAUGAAUGCAUAAAAUGUUGUUACUUCCCCUGCAUAUUGUACAAUAAAGACUUGUAGUACCGCACCUCUAACUUUAACAAGCGAAGCAGCUUGUGCUAGUUAUUUCACAAAUUGCACUACAAAGAACGGAGGUGGAUGUGUUACCAAAUCCACAUGCUCAGCUGUUACUAUUGAUGUCGCCUGUACAACUGCCUUAAAUGGCACCGUUUGUGCUUGGGAUAGUGCAUAAAAUAAAUGCAGAGAUAAAGAUUGCUAGGAUUUCAGUGGAACUACACAUGCAGCAUGCUAAACUUAGAGAUCUGGAUGUACUGCUGGUGCAAAUGGAAAAUGUGCAAGAGUGUAAAAUUGUGAGUAAACCACCGUAAGAGCAGCUUGCAUAGAAGGAUCAAACGGACCAUGCUUAUGGAUUGAUAAGUAUCUCAAUAAUGAUGGAACUAAAGGAGCUUGUUUCAGAUAUACAUCAUGCAAAAGUCUAUAAUGGAAUAAUGAUGCAUCAUGCAAAUGGAUUAGCAACAAAUGCACUACCAACGGAUCUAAUUGCGUAGGAAUUACAUUAUGUUCUGAAACUAAUACUGACGGAGGCUGUGUUACAGGAUAUGAUGGUGCUUGUAUUCAAUCAGUUCCAGCCUUGAAUUCAUCUGAUCCAAAAGUUUGCAAACCAUAUACAUCUUGUGCAGAUGCCUUCUACACAACUCAUUCAGAUUGUUAAAUUGCUAGUAACAAAUGUACCACAAAUGGAACAACUGGAUGCAUUGCAUUAGGUGCAUGCUCAUCAUACACUUCUUAAGCUGGAUGCUAUUUCAAUGAUAAAGGAGCUGUAUUGUCAUCCGGAGCCAUCGUUUCUACUGGUCUUUGUACAUGGGAUACCACAGCAAGUAGUUGCAGAGAUUAAACCUGCGCAGAUUUGACUGGUACUACUCAUGCAACAUGCUCAUCUCAACUUUCAACAUGCACAUCAGAUGGAACUACAUGUUUGGUCAAAGGAGCUUGUUCAUCAUACUCUACUUAAACUGCUUGCACAACUGCUGUUGGAUCAGACGGUAUUUGUUAUUGGGAGCUUGCAUCUGCUACAAAUAACAACACUGCUAAAUGUAGAUUACUCACUUGUGCUGAUAUUCAAAAUGGCACAUCAACCAGUGUUUGUGUAGUAGCUUUAUCAACCUGUGUUUCUAAUGGAACUGCUUGCAUUCCUAAAGCCAACUGUUCCACUUAUACAAAUAAAACAGCUUGCAACUCUGGAGGAUUAGAUGGUAUUUGUGUAUUCACAUAAUCUACUGCUACAGGAGCAGUUGCUGGUACUGGAACUUGUGCCUUAAUGACAUCUUGUACUACAGCCAAUAAUGAUUAAAUUGCUUGUUAAGCUGCUAGAGAUAGAUGUUCAUGGACACCACCCUCAGGAAGUGGAGCUACUGCAGUUGCUAGCAAAUGUGCUACUCACACUUGUGCUACAAAUUAAGCAACUAACGGAGCUUGUACUAGAUUUUUAAAUUGGGACAAAAAGACUUAAUAAGUUUGUACACUUGUAAGUGGUACAUGCACAGCAACAGACCCAUCCACUUUGUCUUAAAAUGACUGUUUCUUAGUUUCUGGUUACACUUAUACUUGGAAUGCAUCAACUAGCAAAUGCGGAGUUUGCACAGCAGUUGUGGUUCAACCAAAUACUUCAGACAAUAAUACAAACAAUACAAAUAAUAACACAACAACAGAUUCAGGUUACAUCCUUGGUUUGUCAAUUGUUUUAGGAUAUCUCAUGUUCUGA